UUGGCGUUGGAGAAACGCAUGGAAAACCCUAAAUUCUUUAUAAAUACUUUCAAAUUCUUGAAAUACUCACCAAUCUUUCGCUCAAAACUUCACCGCUCUUGACAACAUGACAGAUAAUGAAGAUUUGAUUGUGGUAAACGAUGGUCAAUCUAUCCCAUUGCCACUCGCCAAACUUAAGCGUUGGCAAUGGUGGACUCUCAUUGUCAUCAACAUAUGUUUCCUCCUUAUUGGUCAAGUUGUCGCUGUUCUUCUUGGCCGGUUUUAUUACGAUCAAGGUGGGAAUAGUAAAUGGAUGGCUACACUUGUUCAAACCAUCGGAUUUCCCAUCCUUUUCGUCCCAUUUUUUCUUUUUCCUUCGUCUAAACAAAUACCAACUACACCCACCACAUCUUUUUCGCUUCCGGUUGUUUUAUUGUUCUACUUAAUAAUUGGUACCGUUAUUGCUGGUGACAACAUGUUGUAUUCUGUGGGAUUAUUAUACCUUUCAGCCUCUACUUAUUCACUCAUUUGCGCUACCCAAUUGGCCUUCAAUGCAGUUUUUUCAUAUUUCAUAAAUUCCCAGAAGUUUACGGCUUUAAUUUUCAAUUCUGUGGUGGUUCUUUCUUUAUCGGCAUCUCUGCUUGCCGUUAACGAUGAUUCUGAUAGGCCUUUGGGAGUCACAAAUGGGAAAUAUUUUAUUGGUUUCAUGGCUACACUUGCUGCGUCUGCUCUUUAUGCUCUUUUACUUUCAGUUAUGCAGCUUUCUUUUCAAAAGUUAAUCAAGAAAGAAACUUUUUCUGUUGUUCUUGAGCUGCAAAUCUACACUUCUUUCUUUGCCACUUGUGUCUCCACUAUCGGUCUUUUUGCUAGUGGUGAGUGGCGGACUUUGAGCGGAGAAAUGGACGGUUUUGGGAAGGGGGGUCUGGCUUAUGUGAUGACAUUGGUGUGGACCGCGGUGGCUUGGCAGGUGUGUUCUGUUGGUGUGGUGGGGUUGAUUUUUGUGGUGUCGUCGUUGUUUUCUAACGUCAUUAGUACACUGUCGCUGGCUCUGACGCCGCUGGCGGCGGUGGUGGUGUUUCAUGACAAUAUGAAUGGCGUAAAAGUAAUAGCGAUGCUGAUGGGCUUGUGGGGUUUCUCUACUUACAUUUAUCAGAACUAUCUUGAUGAUCUUAGCAUGAAGAGAAAACAAAGGGACGCAAAUGCCAAUGUUUGGAAUGGAGGUGAUGAAUUUCCUCUUUGGGUAAUUGUGGAUCAUGGAAAUGGGAUGGUGGCUUUUGGUGGUGGUGGUAGCAGCGGCGGUGGCCGUGACAGAGUUGUUAUUGGCGGUGGUGAUAUAAAUUUCGUGUUUUUUUCCAUAUGCAAAACAAUGUAUGAAACAACACUGGAUGAACAUUUAAUGCUUUACAUGUGUUGUUUUCAUAUGUACGAGGAUACAUGAAGCCGGUUUGUAAUAUUUAUUGAGUUUGUAUUUGAUUUGUUCUAUACUCUCAUAUUGAUC